AUGGAGCCGAAGCUUGCAAAAUUGUCAAUAAAUCAGGAUACACCGAAAAAGCCGAGGGCGAAGCAACCAAGUAAAUUCUCAGAACCCGUGGCAGACUCUUGGGACGACGAGAUAGACUCCAGCGAUACGGAGACGGAGGUCGACGACGCUGUGCCACCUAAAAAAUCCCCUGUACCGAAUGCGCCUCCACCAACCCCCGCUUCCCCGAGUUCAGGCUUUCCAUCAUGGGGGUUUCGGGAUUCUAUAGCACCAAGCGCCCCGAUAGGUGAUCACAAUGAGAAUCAGAGAAGACCCGAGAAAUCCACUGCAGUAGCCGGGAGGCUGAUUACUGCUGGCCUCGGCAUGAAAGCACCGAAGAAGACUGAGGAGCAGAAGGCAUACGAUCGGGCCCUGCGAGAGAACGAGAUCAAGAGGAGGAACAAAGAGAGGGAAGCGAAGGAGAAGGCGCGGGAAGAGAACGAACAGGCGCGAACAGCGAUGUGGGAGUCCUGA